CGCGCCUGCGCCGCCCGGGCGCUGCUGGGAUAGCGAUGGCGUCGCCGGGCGCGCCAGCUCGCCCCCAGCUGGUUCCCGUGGCGUCCGGGCCUCGGAGGAAGCGCGCAGCCGGCGAGGCUGGGGCUGCGACGGGCCGGCAGCGGGUCCUGGACGAAGAGGAGUACAUUGAGGGCCUCCAGACAGUCAUCCAGAGGGACUUCUUUCCUGACGUGGAGAAGCUGCAGGCACAGAAGGAGUACCUGGAGGCCGAGGAGAAUGGAGACCUGGAGCGGAUGCGCCAGAUCGCCAUCAAGUUCGGCUCCGCCCUGGGCAAGAUGUCCCGAGAGCCCCCACCACCCUAUGUCUCGCCGGCCACAUUUGAAACCCCUGAGCUACACACGGGCCCCAGCGUGGUGGGCAGCAAGGCCAGGGCCCGGGGCCGUGGCCUGGAGGACGGUGACGGAGAGGCCGCAGAGGAGGAGGCGGCAGAGCCGCUGCCCAGCCUGGACGUUUUCCUGAGCCGGUACACCAGCGAGGACAACGCCUCCUUCCGGGAGAUCAUGGAGGUGGCCAAGGAGAGGGGCCGGGUGCGCCAUGCGUGGCUCUACCAGGCUGAGGAGGAGUUUGAGAAGAGGCAGAAGGACAGUCUCGCGCUCCCGUCGGCCGAGCACCAGGCGGUCGAGAGCGGCCAGGCCGGAGUAGAGACCUGGAAGUACAAGGCCAAGAACUCCCUCAUGUACUACCCAGAGGGCGUCCCCGACGAAGAGCAGCUGUUCAAGAAGCCACGGCAGGUGGUGCAUAAGAACACGCGCUUCCUCAGGGACCCCUUCAGCCAGGCCCUCAGCAGGUCGCAGCUGCAGCAGGCGGCCGCCCUUAACGCACAGCACAAACAGGGCAAGGUGGGCCCCGACGGCAAGGAGCUCAUCCCCCACGAAUCCCCCCGAGUCGGCGGCUUUGGAUUCGUCUCCACGCCUUCUCCUGCGCCUGGUGUGAGUGAGUCUCCGCUGAUGACCUGGGGGGAGGUCGAGAACACGCCCUUGAGAGUGGAAGGGUCGGACACGCCCUACGUGGACAGGACGCCGGGGCCAGCCUUCAAGAUCCUGGAGCCGGGCCGCAGGGAGCGGCUGGGCCUGAAGAUGGCCAACGAGGCCGCUGCCAAGAACCGGGCCAAGAAGCAGGAGGCCCUGCGGAGGGUGACAGAGAACCUGGCCAGCCUCACCCCCAAGGGCCUGAGUCCCGCCAUGUCUCCAGCCCUGCAGCGCCUGGUGAGCAGGACGGCCAGCAAGUACACGGAUCGAGCCCUGCGGGCCAGCUACACCCCGUCCCCCGCCCGCGCCAGCCACCUCAAGACCCCAGCCAGCGGGCCCCAGACCCCGACGAGCACGCCGGCCCCCGGCUCUGCGACACGCACCCCGCUCAGCCAGGACCCGGCCUGCAUCACGGACAACUUGCUGCAGCUCCCUGCCCGGCGCAAGGCCUCAGACUUCUUCUAGGGCCUGGCCCUAGGUGUUCCAUGGAGCCUGCGGGGCGGCUCUCCGCCCAGCACGGGACUCCAGCUUUCCAAGUCCCCAGGCCCACCAGGCUGAUACCCUGUUCUGUAGGACCCCGCCCGUUCUAUUUACUUGUUACUAAAGAGAGCCUCCGGCUUGACGAGGGAUGCCUCUCUGCCCCAAGGCCACCCUCAUACCUGCGUCACCUGCCCAGGGCCACUGGGUGGUGACCUCAGGGGCCAGGGUGUCCAGCCUUUCCUGCGUGGCUUAUGGUGGCACCACCGAGGCGGGGGACCUGCCUUCUGCGCUGAGUUGGCCCCUCGUUCCCCCGUGCCCCCCACUUCUGUUCCUCUUGGGGGGUAGAGCCCUCAGCCAUUGUGCCCGCAAGUCCACAGGCUCCCCAACCAGGCCUGACCUGCUGCAUACGCGGCUGCUCCCCAGGGGAGGCCCUUCCCAGUGGCCUCAGCCGUCCCUCCUGACUUCCAGCCAGGGCAGGGCUGACCCCGCCCCCUUGCUCCUCUGCUCUGGGCCAGCUCCCCAGGGAGUCCCAGCCGGCUCUUUAAGCCUCAGGUGGGGUCGGGUCCUGCUCAGAGAGGCAGUGUGGGAUCCGCUAAGACAAGCCUCUCCUACUUGGAGCAGGCACGCCCCAGCAGGGCGUCCUCAGGCUCCCUGGAGGCUGCCUGGGGUCCGGCUGGUCUGCGCUCCUCCACACGGAGCUCCUGCAAGUUCCUGGGCAGAGCCCUGCCUGGGCACCACGGGGGUGGGGCUGGCGCCAUGGGGUCAGGAAAGGGCUGUUUUUGAAGGGUGGGCGUGGGCCUGAGGGAGCCCCAGGAAGUGGGGUCGGAGGUCUGGGGGGGCCGCGAGUGAGAUGCAGAGGGCGCCCUCCAGGCAAGGCUGUGCCUGGAGGGGGCAAGGGGGCGCUGCCAGAAGUUCUAAAGGGCCAAAGGGUGAGUGGGAGUUGAGGAUGGGCUGCCUGAAGGGCGCGGGCGGGUGGGAAGGCAGCGGGGGCCUGGUGGGAGGCCGUGGACUCUGUGCCCACGAGGCCGGCUCCCCGGAGCCCCCGGGACGCAGGGAGUGGGUGCUGAGUCCCAGAGAAAAAGACUCCGCGCGCCUCUCUGCUGUACACUGUGGUUUAUUUGGUGGUCAGGGUUUAAGGUCUCUGCUACUAAGUGGAAAAAAGCUAAUAGAACGUAAUCAAAAUAGCGGUUUAAUUGA